CCGGCUGUGGGGUUUGAGGGUUGCGGCGCUGGUGCCGAUGAAGCGGCCACCAUGGGAUUCCAGCAUCUUCGAUGCGUCGUUGCUCAACGCUGGACGUGCGUCGUAUACAAAGACCUACUUCAGCAUCCCUGAGAAGCUGAAUCUGAAGGAGCCCUGCCGUUCCCGUGGCAGCAGCGCCGGCAGCAGCGCCGCCAUGCGCCGCGGCACAGUGCGCCGCCGGUCUUCCGGGUGCUGCCCUUGCUGCGGCCGGCGGGACGAAGGGCGCUCCACGGGGUCGACGGCGGCGACACGGGACGAGCUCACCAGUUCCCUGCUCCGCGACUGGACGCAGCCGCAGGACGUGCGCACGGCGCGGCAGCGCUUGGCUGAAGCGUCGACAUCGGGUCCAGAGCUUUCGCCGCCGCCCAAAUCGCUGGCCGUCGCGUUGGACGCCGUGGCGACGCCGGAGACGCCGGCGACGCCGGCGCCGAAGGUUUCGAAGGGGCCACAUUGGAAGACGCAGAAUUUUGGCUGGAUCUCCAUGGAUUUCCAUCAAAAAAGGUGGCUUGACUGGCGGUCUUUGGUUGCUGACCGCGUUGCCAACACCGUCUUUGAGGGUCUCCUGGAUGCCCCCGACCUGGUGAACCUGGCGCAACUGGAGCGACACUUUGGCCAUCGCACAGAGAGCAGCAAGGCGAUGGCAGUGCAGAGCAGCAAGGAGGUCGAGAUGGUCGAGAUCCUCUCCCAGCGCCGUGCACAGAACAUGUUGAUCGCUUUCAGGCGGCAGGCGUUGACACCAGAGUUGCUGAGGGCCAUGGAAGACUUGGAAUUCUCCUGGCUCAGCACGGAAACGCUGGAGGUGCUCUUAUCGGCCAUGCCCACGGCUGAGGAAGAGAAAGAGCUGCUGGGCUACAGCGGUGAGAAGUCGGAGCUGCGCUUGCUGGAGCAGGAGCUGCUUCCCUUCGCCUCGCUGGUGCCUUCUGCCCAGCAGCGCCUGAGCCUGGCCCUGCUGCAGCGCGACCUCCGCGAGCGCGCCCAGCUGCUGCGGCGGCGCUUGACGGCGCUGCGCACGGCGGCCAUGGGCAUGCGCAGCAGCGGUGCCUUCCAGCAGACCUUGCGACACGUGCUGUUGCUGGGCAAUGCGCUGAACGGUGGAGAUGAAGUCGCAGCUGCUCAGGGCUUUUCGCUGGAGGCGUUGGCGCGUUUGCCUUUGAGCAAAGCCACCAGCGAUCCGCGCGUGAACUUGCUCCAUUUGCUGGUGCUGCAGAUGAAGGCAGCUGAUCCACUUUUGCCUGAGAAGUUGCUGGAGGAUUUAGCGCCCAUGAGACUGGUGGCCUCCCUGCCCCUGCCGCAGCUCUCCCUGGAGCUGCGCGGCUUCGCAAAUGACGUGGCCGCGGCCAAGGCGGUGCUGCGCCGCGCCUUUCCGGGAUUUGAUUCACCACAACAAUUCUUUAUCGGCGACACAGAGCCAGAUGGGGAGCAGGAGGAGGAGACCAGGGUGCCACCGAGCAACGGUUGCAUCGCUCAACAUCUGCUGCGGGAGGUCUACCUGCGGAUCUCUCAGGCGCCUCCCAAGCCCAUGAAGCAGAUGGCCAGCAUGGCGGCGGAGAAUGCCGAGCAAUUGCAGGUGGACCUCGCAGAGACGCGGGACGAGGUGUCGGCCACGCUGUCCUUUUUCGCGUUUGGCGCUUCCGCCGCUGUGUCCGAUGCGCAAUUGGACGUGAAGGCCGAGGAGUUCUUUCUGCUUCUGAAGCGUUUCCUCUCGGACUUUGAGCAAUGCGUUCAGGAGCUUCCGCACUUAGAUCUGGGAGAGUUCCAGGCUGCCACUGCCGAAGCUUCCGCCGAAGCCUCCGCGAGGUCCUGGUUGGAGGCUGCAGGCUUUGACCCAAAGGAAGUGAGGGAGGCAUUGGCAGAGGCGGAGGACGAGGACGAAGCCUUUGCCAGGCUGCACAAACGUCGGCUGGCGCAGGAAGCAGGGCGAAAACUACGAGCCAAGCGCGGCUUCGAGGUGGAUGGCUAUUGCUGCACGGCAGAUGCCAACCCCAAACGGAUCCGAUUGCUGCUGCCUGAACUGGACCUUGCAGGUCCAAUUAUUGGACGAAUCCAAAAGGAUGGCAGCAUGACAGUGGAGAUCGAUGAAUGGGCCCAGGAGCUUUAUUUCGCAUCUUUGCCGAAGACCGUGGGCAGUGAUACCACAUUUCGAAGAGACGAAGUAGAUCUAGCCCUCUCUCGACGGAGGCCCUACAUUUGGGAGGACUUCGCAACUACAGAAGAGGUCAAGCAGGCCCACAGUGAGUUGGAAGCCUUGCGUGAGCGUGGUGUGUUGACGUCUGCCAACAGUGAUACCACUGGGAAGCAGAAGAUUCGACGCGACGCGACUCCAUCGCCUUGCAUGAAGCUCUUCCAUCGCAUGGAGGCAGCAGUUGGAACACUCUCGUGGUCCGAUGGAGGCCCCUUGCUAUGUCCAAAGUUUGGCAUGGCCGCUGUCUACGACGGAGCCGGGAGUUUCUAUGCGGCCCAUCGCGACAACGAGCGAGCCGGUGAAGGGAAGUGGGUGAAUUAUCGUAGCUUGACCGCUGUGAUGUACAUCAACUGUGAGGGCGACUUUCAAACAGCCGAGGACGGUGGUUCCCUACGCUGUUUCGUGGAUGCGGCCGCAUCGGAUUUCACCGGGGCUUCUGCGAAAGAGAUCCAGGAUGUGAAACCCCGUGGAGGGCGAGCAGUGCUGUUUCCUUCAAGAAGCCUUUUGCACGAGGUGCUCCCGAGCUUUCGCCGACGUUAUGCCUUGACGCUUUGGUUCGUCUCUCCACAUGCAGGCGAAUGAGGUGGAAGCUCGAUCGGCAGACAAAGACGGUCUACCAAAAUCAAAACAAAGAAACAGGGAAAGGCAAAAAACACCGAAAAAAACGAUAAAAUUUGGCUACAAACCUGGCCAAGAGGGACCCCGGGAAACAAAUA